AUGUCCUUCACCAACGCUCCCGUGACCCGGCUUGGGGUGCUCUGCCUCAUCGCUGGCUCCAUCCUCGCCAGUGUCCUCGACGUCAAGCACUACUUCUACAUCAUCAUCGACACACACAUAUGGCGCUACCGCCAGCUCUGGAGGCUGCUGGCCUAUCAGCUGUGCUACACCAACUCGACCGAGGUCCUAUUCGCCGCCAUGUCUCUGUAUAAUUUGCGUAUCGUCGAGCGCAUGUGGGGUUCUCGCAAGUUUGCAUCCUUCUUGAUAGUCACGUUCCUCCUCACCGCAUUGCUCCCGCCCCUCGUCUCAAUCGUCUUGCGACCUCUUACCGCGGGGUGGUUCAACUACAUGCCGGCUGGCCCGACACCCAUCAUCUUUGCCAUCCUGGCCCAAUAUCAUGCUAUGGUCCCGCACAUGUACAAAUACCGUGUUGCUACGUCCGAGGCGCCACCCACUGACGAGCCCUUCGUCGGCCUUACAUUCUCGGACAAGUCAUACAAGUAUGCUAUUGCCUUGCACCUCGCGCUAUUGCAAUGGCCGGGAUCACUCUUGGGGGCUGUCAUUGGCUGGGUCCUGGGGUACUCGUGGCGGGAGGGACUCCUUCCGGCUGCCCUCGUGCGCUGGCGGGUGCCGGGCUGGGUGGUGGGGCUGAGCACGCAGAGGCGGAGUGCCGAGUUUGAAGGUCUGCGACGUCGGCUCGAGGGCGAAACGACGACAUCGGCCGUCGCAACUGGUGCCCAAGGUGCGGCAGAGGGUCAGGCGGAGCGGAGGAGGACGAUGGGGCAGCAGAUUAUGGAUCAGGUCCGAGAGGUGCUGUAG